AGGGCUCGGUGCGGCGAGCGCCCCGCCGAGCCGCCCCCUCCCCGCUCCCUCCCGGAGGGUCCGGCCAGGGGCGACGCCGAGAGCACGUUUCGCGGCCCGGCGCCACCGAGGCUCCGUCUGCCGCGCUGGGCUCGCCGCGCUAUGGGGACAGGCAGCGAGGCGUGAGCAUGACCCGCGCCGAGCCCAGCCCAGCCAUGCCCGCGUCGCCCCUUCCUGUUAGCCGCGUGUUGUACUGAACAAUCAGUAGAUGCAGAGAAUGGAGCAAGAUUGAAAAGUGGGCUGACUUGAGUACAGCUGGGAAGAAAAUCCAGAUGAUGUGACACAGUUCCAAGAGGGCUGAAAAAAGAUUUGAGUUGACUCUGUAUCGCUACAGAGAGCCGCAAUGGGAGUGUGCAGUUUUCUGUUGAAAAAUUCUCUCAAGAGCUCAUGAUUUUUUUCCAUCUCUUCUCUUAACAUUUCUACUAUUCCGCAGACAUGGCUCACCACGCAAGGCCUUCCAGAUUAGCAAAAAAGGAAGAGAUAGGCAAAAGGAAAACUAACCAGGGUAAAAAGAAAUCUAGCCAAGUGAGAAAGAAAACCACAAAGACUUCCACAAAAGCUGUUAGUUCUGGAAAAGGCAAAAAGCCGGCACAAGAAAAGGAUGUUAAGAAAAAGCAGCAAGAAAAGAAACCAAUCAUGAGCUCUUCAGGUAGAUUUCUCAGGAGCAGUGUCACCAGAACCUUGUCUGGAACACCUUGGGUGAGUCUGGAGAAAACUGACAAUAUCCUCUUUCAUAGCCAGGAAGCUUUCAACAUCAAUGGUUUUACAAUGUCUCUUCGUAACCGGUCAUUCUCCCGUAGAUUUUCCCAAGCUCCAACAAUUGCAAAACCCAGAAAAGCUGCAGCACAAAAAAAGCUAGAAACAAAGGAAAAACACGAACAAGCUCUGGCAGUGGUAGAAGAAAAAAGUGUUGAAGCGGCCGAAAAAGUGUUGGAACAGAAUUUAGCAGAAGAUGAAUUAGCUCCUCUGCCUGUAGAGGAUAUUCCAUGCAGGAUAGACGAAGAGCCUGCUGCCACGUGUGCUGGUCAGGAAAAGGAGGGAGAAGUAUCUGAAGUGAAGAACUUGGUUCCGAGCACCCAAGUAACUGAUGACAAUACAACAGUGUCAGAGGUGGAGUAUGAGCAUGAAGACCUGCCCUGUGAGCCAACACUCACUGAUCUCAAUGUGAGUAGUGCAGCUGAAGCAUUUGUUGAAGAUGCUGCAUUGGUGCUUCCAUCUUCUGAUUCCAUAACCACCUCUGAAUCAAACUCAAAGGUGUGCAUAGAGACUCCCUUCGACCUGGUGCCUAACAGUAAAGAACCUGACUCUGGUUCUAUUGAUACCUCAGACCCCAGUUCAGCCGUGCUGUUAGAAGAGCUGGUCCCACUUGCUGAAUCCCACAUUGAAACAGAGUCGGACCUGGUGCUAGUUAGUGAAGAGCACAACUUGAAUUCUGCACCCACAGUUACCUCUGAGUUAAAUUCACAAGAAUGUUUAGAAAAUUUGUGCUCAUUUGCAGACUCCUGCUUAAAAGCAGAUGGGGAUUUGGAGUCUGAGAAUGAAGACCUUAGUUCACAUUCCCACUCUGAAGCUGCCACUGGAUCAAAUUCACUUGUACAUUUUGAAAGUGUAAGCUCACUUGUGGAAUCCCACGUGAAACUCCUGGAUUUUGUGCCCAUUCACAAAGAGCUUGACUCAUACUCAGAUUUGAGCUGUACAAUAGAGAAUACAGAACCAGACUCAAAACAUAUAUUUACAGUAAGUGAACCAGUUUCCGAUACCUCUUUAACAAAUAUUGAAGUGGAGGAUAUUGAACAACUUGUUAAAUGUAUUGAUGCAGAGACGUUAAUUUUGAAUUCAGGUUAUGUCCCCGCUUUAUCAUCAGAUGUAGAAAAAAGCGCAGCCGAUAAAAUCUCCUGUGAAAGCUCCAGAAAAUUCUCUGAAGGUUUUGUUUCAGAGUUGCCUUCAAGCACGGAAAUCUCUGUUCUUGACUUAGAAAAAGCCAUAAAUGCAGAUUUGCCAGCUGACUCGAGACUGCAGCAGAAUGAUUAUUCAUCACAGCUGGGAAGUGUUGGAAUAAGCUUGAAUUUGGUUCAGGACAACGUGAGCGACAGCACUGAAGCAGUUGAGGCCUCAGGGCCAUCCUCUCUUACAAAUCCGGCUGUUGGUAACCCUCUUGCAUAUCCAUCUCUGCUCCCUGUGUUUGAGAAAAAGAAACGAAGGCGUUGUGGAGUCUGUGAGCCCUGUCUGCGGAAAACAAAUUGUGAAGAAUGCAGCUGUUGCAGGAAACGCAAAACCAGUCACCGGAUAUGUAAAAAGAGAAAAUGUGAAGAACUGAAAAAGCCACCGCCACCAAUCACACUACCUCUUGAGGUUCUAACUGAAAACAAAAGACCUCAGAGGAGGAAGCAAAGAGUUUUUAAGGCAAAUUUAGAAAACAAACCAGUAAAUGGCCGCAGACCAGAACUCAUGGAAUGCAGUAUAUGCGGUCAUGGUGAAAAAUACAGGGUGAAAACAAACCAAACACAAUCCUUUGAAAAUGCACAGUCUAAGGAGAAAGAAAGAAUGACAGGCUUAGAAGCAGAGAAGUGGACACAUAACGAGAAGCCAUCUUUUGGUGUCCAUGUCAAUGGAGAUACCCAUGGAACUGUGACAGGCCACGAACACUUGAAAAAUGCAGAAGAAAGCGAAAGAGCGGUCUCUCCCAGUCAAUUAGCUGAGCCAAAAAAAUCAUUUGCACAGACCAUCAAAAAUGGCAUAAAAACCCUGCAUUACUCAUCACCAGAAGCAGUUGCUUCACUGAAAAAGGCAUCUGUACAGGAAAGGACGGAUUUGACAAGCAACUCCCAUGCCCAGUGGAUGAAGGCUACCAAUCUGAAUGACAUAGUCAGCUCUCUGACAGGUAGUGUUAGCUGUGUUCACCCAAACAACCAAGGAAAUCUUUUCAUGAAUGAGGAAAACUGUACUUGCAGCGUCUUUCAGGAUUCUGAUAAGUCAGUAGUGCAAACCAGUUCUGUUUUGGAUCUGCAAGAAAGCUCAUGUUGUCCUCCAUUGGUUAAAGAGGAAGCGCAUGGAGAGGAUGGCUUCAAAGUACCUAACACAGAGAUGCAGCAUGAGAAUCCUUCACUCCAGCCAACUUUCUUGUCCCUGAUUAAAAACAGAAACCUAACUGUAGAGCAGGUUGUAGCUAUUGAAGCUUUAACACAGUUAUCUGAAGUCCCUUUAGAAACAACUUCCCCAGCGAAAGCUGAAAAUACUGAAUGUAUAGAAGAAACAACUUCCAACUUGCUCCAUAGUUAUAAAAGGGAUAUUUCAUCCUCCUUUACGUCUUCUACAUUAAAAGAAAUCAAAGACACUUAUUUACAGAAAGAACAACAGCUCUUCACUCACUGUGCUCACUCACAAAAGCAGCUCCCAAAUAAGGCAGUGUUGUACAAUGGCCAAAGUUCAGUUACUGAGUUGUGUGAUAAACCUGCCAAUCUAGCUAGCGAGAUGUAUAAAUUGCAGUUAUCUUCGAGAGAUACCAAAACUUUAUCUGAGUUAAGUUCUAAUGCAAAAUCAUUUUCAGGACUUAAUACCAAGAAAAACUAUGAUCCACUCACCUUUUCACAGUAUUGCAAUGUCCAACAUGCAAGUAACAACUUGGAUACUCUUGGCCAGUUAGAUCAAAAGCCAACCUGUAAUGAUUUGAGCUUGGAAUCUAAUUCUUUGAUUAAAGAAGGAGGAAUUCACAGCCAGGAUGAAGAGGAUGUAGCUACACAACUAACUCAACUUGCAGCAUUAAUUGAAUCAAACCGGACAAAUCCAGAGCAGAAGAAUGACAUAAAGACAUCACUGCUUAACCUAAUAUCCCAUGAGAGGCAGGCAAAACAUAACCAAGAUCUGUUGCAGAGAAAAGAAUCUGUAUUUUUUAGGCAUAAUUGCAGUUCCUUACUGUUAAAGCAAAAACAAUCAACAAAUAAAAAAGGAAAUGCUGUACCAUGGAAACCAAGACAUAAAAAAAAGCCUCAAGAAGCACGUUAUCAACAAAUUAAUCAAAACCAACUAGAGUUGUUGUCGUGCCAGCAUAGUGAGCUACAGGACAUUUGGAUAUCAUCAAAACUGCACAAGCUUGGUCAAACCAUGCCACAGGACUCCAGAAUAGCUCUGUCUGAAAAAAAAUCUCCAAGAACCAAAGUACAGAAAGCACUGAAUCAAAAUGCGCUAACAUUACAGGAAAAACCUAGGUUAUUUCUUCCUCAAACGCAGAUAAAAUUCCAUAGAUUAUCUGAGGUACCACAGGAGAAAAAAAAAGACAGGUUGUUUGGCUAUGAAGUGGUGAACGAGCAAAUCAAAACUACAGGCUCCAGUGACCCACCAGGCAUCAUUCCCCUGAAAAAUGACAUUGCUGCAUGUAACCAAUAUAGUGAUCUUCUCUCUCAUAAACCUCUGUCAGUUUCAGAGUUGAAAACGGCAUCCUUGUUACCCAGACCAAGUGAAAACACACAGAUGUUUACAGAAAAAUGUAAUUCUCAGGUACAGCAAGCAGUGAACAUUGGUCAGACACAUCCUUUGCCUCAAACUUUUAGUCAGUCUAACCUGAGAGCUAGCGACACACGCAGUGAAGAUAAAGUCUAUGUCCAGCAGGGUGCUGUUGAUGGACAGGUAGAUCUGAAGUCGCAGAUGCUGCCUGUUUCCUGCAGUGCAGGUCAGGUGCCAGGCACUGUGGAAACUCUCAGGAACAUGGAGUGUGCAGGUGAAGUUACCAUUCUAACGUCAAGAAGUUUGGGUACUGACCAUCCACGGAGCACAGGUGACUCAGGGUGUUCUCCAGCAAAAAACACACUCAGCAGUUUUCUCGAAUCACCUAUGAAGUUUCUUGAUACUCCUACAAAAAAUUUAAUAGAUACACCUACAAAAAAAGGACAGUCUGAGUUGCCAACUUGUGACUGUGUUGAGCAAAUUAUUGAGAAAGAUGAAGGCCCGUAUUACACACACCUCGGGACAGGACCAAGUGUUGCUGCUGUGAGAGAAAUAAUGGAGAACAGGUAUGGAGCAAAAGGAAGCGCUGUGAGAAUAGAGGUAGUCGUUUAUACAGGAAAGGAAGGAAAAAGCUCUCAGGGGUGUCCGAUUGCCAAGUGGGUGAUACGAAGAAGUAGUGAUGAGGAGAAGUUGCUAUGCUUGGUACGUCAGCGUGCGGGACACCACUGUCAGACUGCCGUCAUAGUGAUUCUCAUACUGGCAUGGGAAGGGAUCCCUCAUCUCCUGGCUGAUACGCUGUACAAAGAGCUGACGCAGAGCCUCCGAAAAUACGGCUGUCCCACGAGCCGCAGAUGCGCGCUGAAUGAAGACCGUACAUGUGCAUGUCAAGGACUUGACCCAGAAACGUGUGGAGCAUCAUUCUCAUUUGGCUGUUCAUGGAGUAUGUAUUUCAAUGGAUGUAAAUUCGCCAGAAGCAAAAACCCCAGGAAAUUCAGGCUUCUCACUGAUGACCCUAAACAAGAGGAACUUCUUGAACAUAAUUUGCAAACUUUAGCUACUGAUGUGGCUCCGGUUUAUAAAAAGCUUGCUCCUGAAGCUUUCCAGAACCAGGUGGAAAACGAACACAUGGGCCCAGACUGUCGGCUGGGAUCCAAGGACGGUAGGCCUUUCUCUGGUGUCACAGCUUGCAUAGAUUUUUGUGCCCAUGCUCAUAAGGACACACAUAACAUGCACAAUGGAAGCACUGUGGUCUGUACGUUAACAAAGGAAGACAACCGGAGAGUCGGGGUGAUUCCAAGUGAUGAACAGCUCCAUGUGUUACCUCUCUACAAAAUUUCACAAACAGAUGAAUUUGGCACCGAAGAGGGAUUGGAAGCUAAGAUAAAAGCCGGAGCCAUACAGGUGCUCACAGCAUUUCCCAGAGAAGUACGGAUGUUGGCCGAGCCUCUUAGAGCUACAAAGAAAAGGAAACCUGACACAAGGAGGACCCCAAGUGAAAAGCAGCCAUUAAUAGAUAAAAAAUAUUCGACACCAAUAAAGCUGAAAACUGAAGCGCCAGAAAAUCUCAGCAACACUUUGCAUUGCUUAGGGAACAAAGCAGAUGCUUUAAAACCUGGGAUAAAAAUGGAGACUUCUGAUCACCUCUGUGCCAUGAAACAUACUUCAAACACUACUAAAAAUUGCUCCUUACUAAAACAGUAUACGGCUUCCUCCCCUUUUAAAGUGGAUAGUUUACAUCCUUAUUCAUCGUUAGCACAUAAGCCUGGCAUAACAGCAGUGACUAAUAUUCAACAAGAUUUUUCAGUUCCCUACGGGUAUUUUGAAUGCAGCAGUAAGCAACCUCACGUGACACCUUACAUUAAUUGUAAGAACUUUGAUGUGUCUGUCAAAGAUUAUACUGGAAUUUUGCUGAAUGAUAAGAUUAAUGGUGUGCCGCCAAUUCUUCCAGAGGUCACUGCUCCAGGCCCCCCAGCCCAUAAAGAUCCCCUGCCCAGUAUACUUGAACAUCAGCCAGACAAGCAGAAUUGUCAGCCUCAGUCAGACAGUUCUCCUUCUUCACAGAUGAUCAGCUCUUGCGAUUUGUCAGUACCGUUAAGCUCUCCAGCAAAGGACGCAGUUGGAAAAGAAGCCGACUGUUCCCACGGGUGCCCGGUGGAAAAGGGUAGCUCCCAUCGAGAACAGAUGUGUGAUUUUGACUGCAUUGACGAAAAGCAAAACAGUGCACUGGGACAACCAACUGAUUCUGAAGAAAAAGCUGAGGAACUGUGGUCAGACAGCGAGCACAAUUUUUUGGAUGACGACAUUGGCGGCGUAGCUGUGGCACCUUCUCAUGGUUCUAUCCUAAUCGAAUGUGCGAGACGCGAACUCCACGCUACCACACCUAUUAAAAAACCCAACCGCAAUCAUCCCACGCGGAUCUCCUUAGUUUUCUACCAACACAAAAAUUUAAAUGAGCCGAAACAUGGUUUAGCCAUGUGGGAAGCAAAGAUGGCUGAGAGGGCGAAAGAAAAAGAAAAAGAAGCAGAAAGAUUAGGAACAGAGAAUACUGAGCUGAACUCUAGCAACAGGAAAACAAAGCAAACAAGUGAAAACAGAGAGAUUUUUUAUGAAGACAAUGAGUUCAACCAAAUUCCAUCACGCAGAGCAUUAACAGUAACUAAAGAUAACGUAAUAACAGUAUCUUCUUAUGCCCUCACGCGAGUUGCAGGGCCUUACAACCAUUGGGCAUAGGCUUCAGUAUCAAAUGCCUCCUCUUGGUGCAGCAUUACGCAGUGUUUCUUUAAGGUGCUGUUAAAGAACAAGUCUUGUGUCGUUUACUAUUUGCUCAUCUCAACCAUUUUAAGGCUGAGGUAAAAAAAAUAAAAAGGGGGGGGAUUUCUUAAACUGUGACUUUAACAUUUGGUGGUGCUCAAGCACAUUUUAAGCAAAAAAAAAAAAGUUGUAUAGUUUUAAUACAUUCUAAAAAAGAUUUUGUUUAGGUUAUUAACCUUGAUUGAAAUCAUUCAGUUUAUUACCUUUAGGAAUUUAUAUUUUGGUGCUUUAAAUCAAGUCUGUUUACUACAAAAAUCAUUUAUAGGGAUUUUAACAGGUUCACAUUUUAUGGUGUUAAAUCAAGUUAUACGGUAAUAGCUCUACACAGCUCUUGGUGCUUAACCACAUCAAACAGUUAAAAUAAAUAAGCUGAAUUAUUACUUCAUGGUGCCAUUGCUUUAACAACUUCCAACCAUUGCUACGUAGUCCAAAUUACCAAGAAACCUUUUAGAAAACCAAUGAUUCUUUUUCUCUAGAUUUGCCCUUCUAUAUGAAAUGAAGUUAUUGGCAAUGAUGGCUGGAAGUUGUUUUUAAGCUGUAAAUAUAUAUUUUAAAAGCACUUUCUAUUUUUAAAAUUAACUUGAAAUAGUAUAGUAUAAGGAUCAUAUUGUCUAAGGUUUGUGCAUACUCUACAGAAGAAAUCAUUUUAUUCUUGCUGUGUAGAGUUCCAUAUUGUUACAGCUGCAGUAUGUAUGCUAAUAGAUGUGAUUGUUUUUAGACUUGCCCUUUUUUGUGGAAGAUUUUAUUACAUGUAAACAACUUAUAAAAUACAGAAACAUUUUAUUAUUUGAAAGAGAGUGUGCAAACAUGAAAUUAGGAGACAUUGAUGCGUGUGUUGCUAUUGAGGAGUUAUGAUUUUUGUUUUUUUUUAAAGGCAGCAUUUGUUACGAUUUCUUUGAGCAAUAAGUGCAUAAGUCUCAUUCAUUUGGAACAUUAUAAGUUAACGUGACAACCAAAUGUUCCUAAGACCUCAGGGGUAGAAUUGUUUUGGGAUAAAAAAAAUACCCCCUAGAGUUGCCUUAUUCUAUUCUGAAAAAAUAUAUAUAUUAAUUUGAGGAAAAUAUAAAGGAAGUGUUGAAAAAGAAUAACAUUUCUAAUAUUGAACAGCAAAUUUUUCAUUGAGAAAACCCAUCUGUAAUGUUCACCAGCUAAGUUCAGGUUUUUUACAAAGAUGUUUUGUAAAUUUUUAAGUGAUUUAUACAUUUUGAGUAGAAAAGGUUGUAUUCUUCCUUCCGAGCAUAUGAAUUUUAUUUUCCGGUUCUCUUGGAAAAGUGUCAUAUCAUGAAAUGAGUAUUUGCCAAACCGGAGAGAAAACAGGCACUCCAUUGCUUUUAAAUGCUGUAGCAUCCCACUCUUCUUUCUGAUUCUCCUCUCCUAUGUAUUUCCUUUUAAAACUUAUUUAUUUAAACAAAUUACCAAAUGACCAUGUUAGCUAAGGACUGACCUCAUCCUGCAACUUCCUCCAUGAGAACAGUUCCACGUAGCCGUACCUGCCAGUCCGAGCCAGGAGCACUGCUCAAGCCAGGCCUCCUCUCCUGACUGAGAGCCGCAGGAUCAGGCCCCAGAGACGAAGCUGUACAUUAAGUCUGCCUCAGAGUUCUCCCGGCUGGGUUACCCACGGGCAUAACGAGGUUAGAGUUCUCCAGUGUGAAAAUAUACUAAUAAUAUACUUGAUAUUAUUAUACUGUAGUGGUGCUGUAACAGAGGAACAUGAAUUUUCUAGGUCUGCUUUAUUUAAAAUCUAGACAAGGUGCUUUUCCUUGAAAAGUUGAACUGUAAAUGCAACGUUUACAGUUUUGGUACGAAAAGUACAUCAAUGGUAUUUUUAACAUAUAGUGCCAGUUAGGACCUUGGUGCUACAAAUACUUAAAUACAGCCGUAGAUCAUUGAGUCUGUUCUCCUGUAUAAAUGUAUACACACGUAGUGCUUGCAGGAGCAAGGUCUGAAGUAGCGAUCACUAUAUAAUGACCUGAGGUUCAAUCGCACAGAUUCCUGUCAAAGUUAACAAAAAUGUUGAUGGCAGAAGAUGGCUGAAUUGAACCCAUUCUUUGUAUCUUACCUAUUUUAAGUAAAAUUUGUAAAAACCGGGUAUGCUGCAAAUCUUAGUUCAAAGCUUAAUAUUAGUUCAAAUAGAGGAUAUGAAGGGAUUGUAAAUAAUAAUAAAACAAAAACAAUAUUACCAUUGUUUUGUACCAGCAGUUUUAUGCUUCUUGACUACAUAAUAUACAGUAUACGUCAAAUCAUUAUGGUAUUUUGUGUGCCUUAGAUUUCCAUUCUGAAACUCAUAUAUUUUUGGUGAGCCUAAGACUAGUAAGAACUCCAGCUGUCCAUACAGUAAGUAGUCCUGUACGUUCUGUAGCUAUUCCAUUCACGUAUUUGCUAUCUGAAAACCCUCGUCCUAGACAAUGAGCAAUCGUGUACAGGAAAUACUAGUUGAUUGGUUUCACUGGUAGUGCUGACAGCUUUAGUUUGUGUAAUACAAAUUGAAAAUACCAUUCAGCACUCCUAUAUGAAUAACAACUUUUCUACACAGACGGUGUUCUAGAGCCAUCUAUUUACGUUUAGAAAUGUUCCGAUCAUUAAAGUGGAUCAGUUUCACUUGAAUCGCCCCCUAUAAAUGUCCAGGUUUAACUUAUGUAUUAUUAGAAACUUCAAGAUGAAAAUGUUCCAUUUAAAAACCAGCAGCUUCCCUCAAAGAAGUGAGAAAGUGAAAGGUAGAUCUGAAAGGAUACCUCCAAACAUAGCUCGUGGCAAGUCACUGCUCAAGUGACAGCACCAGUAGAAUUUUAGCAAGUCCAGGUCUACCUUAUUUAAAAUGGCAGUUUUGAGAGAAAAGUAUAUCUUAACACAAUAGUAAUGCUAUUAACUGAUAGGUGCUAAAACUCAGAGUUACUACUUCUUAAGAUUACUUAUAUGAGAAAUAUAUAUCAUCUGUACAAUAGGUGCUCUUUCCUUGAUUGUCUAUAAUGUAACUACUUUCUCAGUGUGUAUCUAACAGGCAGGUUAGCUAGCCACUUCUGUUUCCUGCUGUGGCACAUAGCAGGUUGUGAUUUAAGAAGUUAGUAUUUUCUAUUGCUGUACUGCGGUGUGAGAAAUACAACCAUUUACUGUUUUUACAACUGUGUGCUAUUUAUUGUAACAUUUCAGAAUAUUUAUCAGCCUUGUAUACAAAUUAUGGUUUUUUUUAGUAAGGUUAUCGUUUUUAUAACAGUAUUUGUCUGUUAAGAUUUGUAAAUCUGUGGGUGUAUUGCUUUCCUUCACAGCCCACGUUGCCACUUGUAAUUUGCUCUUACCCCUUAACAAAGUCCUUCCAGGAUGGCCAGAUCAGAAACUGGAUCCAAAGUUAACAUAUAUGGCUAGGGCAGGCCCACAGAUUGUACUCAGUUUCUAACCGCUGGCAUUGUUCCUGGUGAAAAAAGAACAAAAUGGGUUCAGGUACGGGCUGCUGGUGGGAUGUGGUUGCCUUUGGAUCCUUUUUCACCACUCUCUAGCAACAACUGUUGAGACCCAACAUUGGACACCUUUGAUUUUCUGGGAGAGAUGUCUCUCGUCCCUUUCCCUACUGGGUCCAGCACCACUGCUCCGCCUUCACUGUGAAGGAGAGGAGAGUAGCGCUUCCUGCAGGAGCCAGUGCUGUGCGGGACACCGAGUCCCUCCUGGGUUACUGCAGUCAUGCCCAACUAAAUACUGAAUUUUACCCAUAGAGGUUCUUUGUAUUACUGUUUGUAACAUGCUAUCUUGCAUUACAGAAAACAUCUACAAAUAUUCUAGUCACAAGAUCCAGAAAGCUUCCUAAGAACUUACAAAUAUUAGUGACUUUCUGGCUGUAACAGUUGUAUGCAGUUUUAGGGUUUUUUUUGCAAGGACUUUCUAAGCUAACUCUUUUACUUAAGAAUAACUGCUGUUAAAAGUCCUUAUCUUACCUAUGGCAGUACUUCUCUAUACUUAGAGCAGGAAAUAACUGUAGUAUCUUAAGUAACAUUUUAUGGUAAGCAUGGGUAAAUUACAACUUUGUUAGUACUAAAGAUUAUUUGUAACAUACAACUGUUUGGUUUUUUUUUUUUUUUUUAAAGACCUUUAUAAUAUCAUUGCAGUAUUACGCUAAAUUUGGUGGGUUAAAUUUGGGUCUUGUUUGGGUCAUUGCUGCAGCCCUGUUGACUGCAAUGUGGUCAUUUAUCAAGCUUUCCUGCAAUUUUCAUAUUUAACUGGAUGGACAAAGUCUGUGCCAACUCAGACCCUUGCAACACUUCCACCAGGAAUAGCUCUUGCAAGGAUGGACGCAGAGAGAUUUGGAAUCAAUAUACUUCUGGUUAAAUGCAGAGGUUAUGUUGUUUGUAGCACCAGAAGUAAUUCCUGGUCUGUAGAGACAUAAUACCUUCACCUUGAGUUUCACGCAAGCGAGCAGAUCUCAUUCAGACCUAUUUCAGGCUUAUGUUCUUGAUAGCUCUUUAGACUUUUCUUAUUUGAUAGAUUAUUCAAUGACAAAUUUUAAUUGAAACAUGCUUAAUAAAACUGCAUCUGCAUGAUUUAAGACUUAUGGUUCGAUCUUCCUCUUUAAUUUCCUAUGAAAUUUCUCUCUUUGAAAUCAGCUGUCUUUGAAAUCAGCUCUCUUUGAAAUCAGCUCAUUUUAUCAAGCAGUCAUCGGCUUUAUAAUCUUUUCUUGUAACUAUAUAUAUGAUUAUUCUCUUCUACUUUCUUCUCCCCCCCCCCCCAACUGAAAUACUCUAACUUAGGCUAACAAGAAGAAAUAACCACACCCUCACAUAUACAAAAAAUGAAAUUGCAUGUCUGCUUCUCACUGGCUAUAUGUAACAGCAGCUGUGUUCAUGCAGUGUUAAGUUAACUCUCUUUCAGGUCCAUUGUGGUCAUUAAAAUUCAAAGUAAGGUCUUCAUGACACAUCUUCCAUAAAAUUGUUGGUGUUUUAUUUCUCAUGUGUGAAGAAUGUCUGCCCAAUUGGGCCGUGUGAUUACCUAUCUUAAGGAACUUAGAGAUAAGGAACAGUCCAAUCACAUGCAGAAAUACUGUCUGGCUUUCUUAAUUUUUUUAGGUGAUCUGACUUUCAUGACAAAGUGAGAAGGAAUAUCCUACUGUAAAACUAAACUGCAGAGAAAGUUUGCAUCGACUGUUGUGACACCAUGGUACUGCACUGCAAUCUUUGCACUGCAGCAUUGUUUCUAACCAGUAAAAGGAGGUGUCACCAUGUCCCACAGCUGUGGAUGCAUGAACACAUUCAUCCACCUACAUAGUUCUUCUCAGGACAGUAAUCGUUGCUUUGUUCUCUGCCUGAGUAUACUGGUUUGUUUAAGGAACAAUAAAAGAAAGCAGAAAACAGCGAGGAGGAGGGAGGGUUGGUCAGUGUGUGUAGACAGUCAUAGGCAAAUACAUAGAGGGUACAGUACUUCUGAAAUAGCCUUCUCUGUUCACAUGGUGUGGUUGCUAGGGUACUUCUUUACAUUGACACUUAUUUUGGUAGCUCUAAUUUUAAAUACAAAAGCUUUUUAAAGUCCAUGAUACAUUUAUGUCCUUCUUUAGCAUGAAAUAAAGAGGCUACUUAGUGGAACAGUACACAAACUGGCUUUGGUAUCUUCUGCCGUUAUCUGAUCCUUAGUCAGCUUUCCCAAGUUGUCUCAAUGGUGCUUCAGUAUGUUGCUGCAGAAUGUAGAGAUUUAUAUUUGAGGUUUUCUCAGAGACCAGGAAUUUCUAAUAGUAAUGUCUACUCAGGCGCCAGUAUACACAGAGGUCACUUUUUCUUCUGAAGUAUUUGAAAAUUGAUUUAAUGUCUAUUUUAUCAUUGACCUAUUAAAACACUUCCAGUCAUGUCCAAAAAAGUGAGGUAAAUUUUUCUCUUAACGUUUUAUAUGCUUGCUCGCUAAAUUAAGACAGUUCUCAUCGUAAUGCUGUGUUAUCUCCCUGAGAAACACUUAAUGUGCCUAGUGUUGAUGGGUAGGCACUGCUUUCUGCCCUAUACACACAGCACCGAGUACUACAGGCAGCUUUUUUCAUCCCAUGGUCUCUUUAUGGAUCACCUGCUGUGGUGAGCUGUCGGCCCUAGAUGAUGUUAUAACCAGCUGCCGAGUGCUGUAAGUGCUUCCAGCUGCUCCAGAAGUCCUUCCUAUCACUCAGCAGAUUGCUUCAGUACUCUGCAGCAGGAGUGCAGAUGUCAGCAUGCUCGUGUAUACUCCCCCACCUGCCACUGCUUUGUAUGUUAAUCAUCCAGCCUUCAUCUCAGGAAUAUCAUAAGAAUUUAUUAUCCUUGUGACUGUUCCAAACUCUGUUUUCUUCAUUCACCUUUUAUUCUGCAUAAGGCAGUUCUACUUUUUAAAUUCAUGUUCUGUCAUAGAGAAUCCAGAAUAUUGCAGUUGGACACUUUUUCAUUCCAAGAAAGAAGGACAUUGCAGAAUCUUUCACACAUCAGUGUUUUCUUGCUUUUUACGUAUUUUUCCAGUUAACUCCAGAUCUCUUGCUGUAGCUGUUACUCUGUUGUUAUGUGUGCAUGUAGCUAAACAAAAGUCCCUUUGCUCACAGCCCUCACUCUCCAGAGUGGAAGAUUUUUCCCCCUGUUGCUAGCACCCUGUGGAGUGAGCCCUUUUUUCUUCCAGAUUACAUUACCAGCUCUGCCCAAACCCUCACACAAGGUUCAACAGACCCUGCACAAUCACAAGAGGAGUAUUUCUUCACAUCUUGCAGCUAUAUUCUUGUGCAGGGAUUAGUUAUCAUCCUUCUGAGAAAGCCUAGUAUUUUGCAAGUUACUUGCCUUAACUGCCAGGACUGCUUGGAAAAAAAGAGUGGAACAAUGGAUUUUUUUGGGUACUUCCUCUGUAGCAGCAAGGGGAACUGAUUGAGCUUGAGCAGAGAAUAAUUACAUAGUAACUGCCUUUUAUAAAAGGGUUGUAGAGGUGUUGCCAUUGUCUUUCUGAGACUCAAAGGCUUUAGGAUUCUUUUUCCACCCCAGUUCCCCAGUUCAUCCCACCGUUGUUUAUGCUGCUUCACCACGUACUCCUAACUUCAGCUUGUAAAGAUGUAAGAUGCUUCUUGAUGCUCUUUCCUGAAUUCUUCUAAAACAGCAUCUUUUCUCUUUUCUACUGGACCAUUAUAUAUGUCAUUUUUCAUGGACAGUUAUAUGAAAAUGCUAGAAUCUUCCAACAGUGUACUUGCAGGGAAUGCAAGAUUGGGGUGCUAAAUAACUUACAUGAAGGUGACUUGCUCUGUUUGGUGUGACAGUGCUGUUUUUAAUGUUUUGCACACCCUACCAGCUUUCCUCAUAAAAUGAGAGGACUCAGGCUGCAGACCUGAAAAAAAUACACCUGUAAGUUUGGUCAGAUUUGUGAGCUAACGAACAGAGAGUUACCAGUUUCAGCAGAUGAACUGAAUUCCAAAGAAGUGCUGCAGCGGUGCGAGGGAACAGCGUGUUGAAUGUUCAGUACUGCAAUUGUUGUCGCAGAACAUUUUAAUGCUGUUGUGGAAAGUUCUGUGAUCUUAUCAGUAUUUUACAUGUAGGUCUGUAUUUUUAUUGCGCUGUAAUGGAAAAGGGUCUAGGGUCUGGGAAUCUUUUAAAAUUAAGAAUAAAGGCCCUGAUUCUCAUUUAUACUGCUGUCCUUUGCACCACUUUAAAAGGACAGAAAGGCUGUAAAUGGAUGCCCAUUGAGCUUACAUCCUUCCGAGUACCCCAUUAUACAAAUCAUGGUUUGAAAGGUCGUUAGUAUAAACUGAAACUGUUACCAAGGGACUGAUGUGUACAACCACCAGAAAUCGAUGUCACGAUAGCCCAACCAAAUGCAGGUUGAAAAGAAACUUCCCCGGCCUGUUUUGUAACGAAUACUUAAAAAUUUGCUUAUAUUGGCUGUCCUUUUCCCAACCUUGUCUACAAAGAGAAUGUGGUAGAAGAUUUGUACCUCAAAAUAACGAUCUGGCCAGAAAUCUCACAGAAUUGUCAGCAAGACUAUUUCUGAGCUGAGGUAGUUUUUCUUAAAAUGCUUCCUUGCUUUUACUGUUAUUUGAACUUUUUACACAAUUACAUAAAAUGGGGUUUUGAGAAUGUACUGCACUCCAUUCCUUUCUGACUUAGUCCCCAGCAGGGUGUGCGGUGCUGUGUGAUGUUGCCACACUGGGGUAAGUUUUUGAGAGACAAAGCUAAAAGCCAACAUUCUGUGAGUGCCCUCAACACAGCACUGAAACUGCUGGCACUGCCCUGUAUGCUUGUGCCAUGCAGAGCUUCCCUUGCUGCCAGAGUAUCCCCCAUCCCCCAUGACAUUGCAGUUAUGAAAUGUUUCUCUUUCAAAAAGAUUUGAGGAAAAAAACUUAUAUUUUAAUUUCUAAAGUGCAGUGAUAUUGCAGAGCCUAACGAAAAUAGAUUCCGUGCUAACUUUGUGGAUGCCAGACUGUAAUCCAUGCAACACAAGAGGCGGUGUCUGAACAUCACAAAUCUCUUGUCCUGCAUACUAAAAACAACUGCAGGCAAGAAGAGCAAAUAUGAUAUCCCAACACCACUGAAAGAAAGCCAAUUCUAACCGAUACAAACAGUUACACAUUUUGAACUUCAACUAUUAAUCAUUCUAAGAUAAUUUAUUUGGUUUAGAAGAGACAGCUCUUCAUAAUGUGACAGUAUCAUACCAGGUCAUAAAUGUUGUUCAAAAUCUGCUACCAUAUGACCAUUAAUUUUUAAGGACACACUGUACUAAAAUGCUAUGGCUAAUUAAUUCUUUCCUGAUUUAAAAAACUAAAAGAUGAACAGUAUGCCAAAAAAAAGUCAGUGUUUUCUGUCUUUCCUUCUUUCCUUCUUCCUAUCUCUUUCCUUGUUUUUCUUUCUCUCUUUCCUUGGGAUGCAUUUGAGGUUUUGGAUUAUUUCAUUUAACAGCCUACUGUAUUUAGAUCUGAAAUGUAACUUUUAUAAAGCAAAAGAUGAUGUACAGGGAGAAAAAAAUCAGAAAGAAAAAGCACUUCAUUAUGUCACCGUAUCUACAGGAAAAAGUGUAAAAAUUACUUCUUUUCUCAAAAAAUAUCUGGGGCCUGAUUCUUUCCUAGUAUAACUGAGCAUAGCUUCAUGAGAGUGGUGGAGCUCUGACGAGUUACACUAGCUGAGAAACUGAACCUUACAAUCUUCUUUGCAGACAAGGGAACCCUUACCAGCAGUACUUGAAGACUUGUGAGUUGUGACUGCAUGUUACUUGAAAGAUCUAAUUAAGCUAUGUUUUUUGGUGCAAGCAGUUGUUGUACAUGAUUUCAUGUUUAUGUAGCAAGAUGCAUUGAAAUGUUGAUACUAGUAUUGAAACAUACAUGUAAAAAUUGUUGUUGUGGAAAUUGUCUGUUCUGUUCUAUUUUUCUUGUGUGUCUCAUCUGUUUAGAACGUAAACUUUCAUUUUUUUAUUGUCCUAACUGAAUAAGGCUAAAUGAAUACUGUAAUUGAAAAUAUAUUUUAAAUCUUGUCAUGAGUUUUUAAAAAGACUAUUACAAAUUGUAUCAUUCCUGAUUACACAGAACUUUGUGGGUGGUUUUAAAUAAAUUUUAUACUUCUAUUUUGCA